UAUCAAUGAGUGAUUCGACACAUUGUCCAUUGGUACAGCGAAGCAAUGGACGAUGGAAUCGAGCUCAACUUUGCCGUCAGCGAUGGUUUGAAGAGAAAAGCUGUUUCAAAAGGCGGGAGAUGGACUGAUAGAGCUGCAGCGAGGAAGACUGCUCGGCAGAACGUGAAGGCUGCCCAGAAAGCCAGAAGAGAUGUGGCGCCUAGCAAAAUGCCUAGCCAUCAGGUGCAAGUUCCGUCAGCUCCAAGGCAGCCUGCUAUUAGGCCGCCGCCCGUGACACCGAGUGAGCCAAGAGGAGCCAGGCUUGCAGAGCAAGGGGGUGGGGACACGUCUCGCCCUUCUGACUCAGCACUCGCUCGGGCCGUACUUGAACAUGCUUCCGCGCCUGGACCGUCACGCUCUCAAGUCAGCAAGCCAGCUCCUCAACCCUCAGCGGUCUCAUCCAGUACCAAGGGCAAAGGGCCGCAGAUCAUUUCCUCCUUGUUCAGUUCAAAUCCGAGUUAUCAAGCCGUCAAGACCACUGGCUCCACAGUGAUCGGAGCGCCAUCGAAUGCUCCGCUGAAGGGAGACGCCAAUACCUUUGCGGGACUCGGCUUGGAUCCGCUACUCGUACAUCAUCUUACGAACAAGAUGUCGUUGAGGGCUCCUACGGGGAUCCAGAGGAGUGCCUUGCCGUACCUCUUAUCGGAGCCCUUAGACAUCAAUGCCCGAGCUGUUUCUCCACUGGAUGAGAACGACGAGGAGAGGUCGUCGACUGGCUCGCCAAAAGGCAAAGAGCGGGCAGUCGAGGAGCACCAAGCAGGGCUCCGAGACGUUCUCAUACAGAGUCAGACUGGAUCGGGAAAGACCUUGACAUAUCUUCUACCCAUUGUCCAGACUCUACUACCGCUGUCUCGACUCUCUUACAUUGACAGAUCUAUCGGGACGCUCGCCAUCAUCGUGGCGCCCACCAGGGAACUAGCAGGGCAGAUCGAGAAAGUACUGGAGCAUCUACUAUCCAUGGCUUUAUCCCUACCUGGGGCUGAGACAGACGAGCACUACACCCGAUGGUUGGUGUCGGGUCUCUUCACCGGCGGAGCAACCAAAACCCACGAAAAAGCGAGAUUGCGAAAAGGCGUGCCUAUCAUCGUCGCUACCCCUGGGAGACUGCUUGAUCACCUGCAAUCGACUAGCUCAUUCCAGUGCGGCAAGGCCUUGUUCCUUGUCUUGGACGAAGCGGACAGGUUGAUGGAUCUCGGCUUCGAAGAAACUAUCACGGGAAUCAUCAAGGCUCUGGAUGGGAGACGCAAAUUGGCUGUGGCUGCCGAGAAGGAGAUGGACGAGGUCGGUGGAGGAACUAUGCGCUGGCCAUUUUGGAAUCGAGGUCGAACGACGAUGCUGUGUUCGGCAACUGUCGAUGCCAAGGUCGAGCGUCUCGCUGGGAUGUCUUUGAGAGAUCCUGUCAUCUUCCGGUCAGAGGCGAACGAUCAGGUUGAGAGAAAUGUCGUCAAGGACAAGAAACCCCUUGGUCUGCCGAGUCAGAACAGUAUCGAGAUGCCAUCUCAUGCUGAUCCAGAUAAAUUCACGCCGCCGUCUCAAUUGUCGCAGAGAUACAUUGUCACUCCGACAAAGCUCCGUCUUGUCACUCUUGUUGCGUUGCUACGGUCUCUCGUCUCGGCCACCAGUGGGAAUGGUGGCAACAAGAUUAUCGUCUUUCUCAGUUCGACAGAUACGGUAGACUAUCAUUGGAAGCUUUUGGGGGGAGUCAAAAUGGACGAUGCAGAUCAAGACGAGCAAGAAACGUCGACAAAUAUGAUAUCUCUGUCUUCGCCCAUUCUGCCCAAGACGACGAUACAGCGGCUGCAUGGUUCUCUACCAUUGGCCACUCGGAAAGCCUCGCUUGCAAAGUUUACCGAGGCGUCGGAGUCACCCUCUAUCCUUCUCGCCACAUCUGUCGCCUCUCGAGGUCUCGAUUUGCCUCUCGUCCGUGCUGUUGUGCAGUACGAUCUUCCGACAGAGGGCGGGGCUAACGAAUAUGUCCACCGAGUGGGGAGAACGGCUCGAGCUGGAAAAGGCGGAGAAGCGUGGGCCUUUGUCGGUCCUGCGGAAAUCGGAUGGGUCAAAUGGGUUGAAGAGAAGAUGGGAUUGGCAGGUGAUGUUGCGGACGCGAACGCUAAGAGGACGGAGUCCAGCGUCAGGCUGACCGAGGCUGGAGUCGAAGAUAUACUGCGGAAAGGCUUUGGUGGAUCCGGAUACGAAUAUGAGGCCAGAGCCACGGAUGUACAAAUGGCUUUUGAGAGAUGGGUCCUGGCAUCGGAUUCGAACGCUGCUCUCGCCCGAAAAGCCUUUGGAUCGUUCAUGCGAGCAUACUCGACACAUCCGAUCGAGGAAAAACCCUUUUUCCAUCCCAAGUCUCUGCAUCUGGGACACUUGGCGAAAUCUUUCGCACUCAGAGAGACACCCUCGACCCUUGGGACGGGUCAGACGUCAAAGGUACAACCACAGCAGAAACCGAUCCAGGCUAAACGCAAGCGCGAUGCCGAAUCGUCAGAUGAAGGUGAAAAGGCGGCGGAAGAGCGACCUCGAGGUGGCAAGGAACUGACUGCGAGAAAUAAGACGGAGGAACGAAUGUACGCUGCCGUCAGGAAAGCUGGAAGGAAUGUCAAAUCGGGAGGAACGCUGGGAGAAUUUUCUGGCACGGGAGGGAAGAAGUCUAACAAUGCGGGCACAGGAGGUGGGGAGUUUCAGGUCAUGGAUGGGAAUGAGAUCGAGCGGAUGUUGUCGGGCAGGAAGUAGAAGUGUGCGCCUUUACCUGGUCCCGAUGUCAUAAUUACAUGAUUCGCAACAUGCAAAGGACAUACUAGGAUCGCCAAGAUGAUCCUGGAAACCCUAUCCUAGC